AGUGGGCCCAUGUCAAGGUAAACAACCUUGAGGAAACUAUCACCUCUGCAUAUCCUUGCACUCGUCAAAAUGGCACCUUUCAGCCCAGUAUUGUUCUGCGACCUUGAGCAAAACGCCCGUGAGGUCUUUGUCAGUCCGUUUUUAUGGACCUCCCAUCACUUCGAUAUUCUAGGGUGCCGAUUUGAAGAUGUCGGGAUUCCCACUUCCAGCAUAGAGCUCACACAAAGCAAAUGCAACACAGAAGAAAACAUCAAAAUCCGCAAAGAACGAGAACUGGACACACAAAAGCUAGCAGAGAAAAGCCAGUGGCGCAGUAAGCCACGACUGUCUUCGCUCUAUCCUUUUGGCAUAGGAUCCGGGUUCUUCUUCGCUGGUAUUCGAGCCCAUAGGCCAUAUUCCACAGUGUUUUAUCGCCAUGGCGACCCCAAAAACAUAUCUGUGAAGGCUCACCUCUUUUGGUGACGCAUUUGUUCGAACGGGUAUAUUUAUCUAUACGACACCGAAAUUACUGCCGAACUUCUCGGCGCUCUCGCCAAGCCAAAGUCUGCUAUAAAACCUGUUAUUAGGUGAAUAAAGAUCCCAUACAA